CGGCGGCCCGCUACCCCACACAGACCCGCUGCCCGCUGCCCCCGCUGUCCGUUGCUGCAGCCAUCGCCCACUGCCCGUUGCCCACAUCGCCCACUGCCCGUUGCUGCAGCCAUCGCCCACUGCCCCGGUGUCGGACGUUCGGCGCGCUGCCCGACAGACCCGCUGCUCGCUGCCCGUAGCUGCAGCCAUCGCCCACUGCCCCGCUGCCCUUAGCUGCAGCCAUCGCCCCCUUCGCCUGGCAGGCGGAAGGCCAUCGCCGCCGUUGCAGCGUUAGGUUGACUUUGACUUUGGGAGUACUAUAGUUCUCCCUCCCUAUGCGAAGGGUCAGCGAUCCUGUUUUUUGCACUGUCAGCACCUCUUGCUGUGGCAGCAGCAGAUCCGGUCUGUUCAGACCAAUCCAAUCGAAUCCAAUCCGAGUCAGCAAAUAACAGUAGUGAACCCCAUCUGGUUGACGACGACUGUGAUCAGAUGCCGUCGGAGGGCGGGAUGGCCACACCCAUGGAGACUGAUGAAGCAGAGGUUGGAAUCGGGAUAAAGCAGCCACCGCGUACAUCGAAGACAGACGACGAAGGCAAGCCCCCCAAGGUGAAGCUGGUAGACAAGGGAAAGGCACCAAUUGGAGAGACGAGGGGGACUCCUUGGGUGGAGAAGUAUCGGCCAAAAACGUUGGAUGACGUGGCAGCACACCGUGACAUCAUCGACACCAUUGGCAGGCUUACAUCAGAGAACAGAUUACCUCAUCUUCUGCUCUACGGACCUCCUGGAACGGGCAAAACUUCCACCAUUCUUGCAGUUGCGAGGCAGCUGUAUGGACCUUCACAGUACCAGAACAUGACGCUGGAGCUCAACGCGUCAGAUGACAGAGGAAUUGAUGUUGUCAGAAAUCUGAUCCAAGACUUUGCCAGCACACAGAGAUUCAACUUCGGGGGAAAGAACAAUACAAAGCUUGUAAUUUUGGACGAGGCGGAUGCAAUGACGAAAGACGCACAGUUCUCUCUUCGAAGAAUUAUUGAGAAGUAUACACGAAACACGCGGUUUUGCUUGAUAUGCAAUUAUGUCAGCAAGAUCAUUCCUGCUCUACAGUCAAGAUGUACGCGCUUCCGUUUUGCACCUUUGGCGCCUGUGGAUGUUACUCUAAGGCUCCGACAUAUUGUUCAAGAAGAACGGUUGAACGUUACAGAUGAUGGGCUUCGAGCAAUUGUGAGACUAGGAAAUGGCGACAUGAGGAAAGCGCUUAAUAUACUUCAGUUGAGGGUGUACUCAAGGUCAAGCCCUAGUGGUGCUAUGUUCCUGGGCGUGAACAUGGCCAGGUUCAUCCUAGCGUAACCCAAACGUAGGACCGGUUGGUUGAACCUGAGGCAGGUAUCUGUCGCUGUCAGAAUCUCCCUCAAACUCUUCCAAUAGGAAUGA